GCUGGCAGGCGGAAAACAAUCGGAGGCAAGAAGAUGACGCGAGUCAUGAAACAUCUGGUAAACCACCUGCUGACGUUCUCGCUGCAGGACGGGAACGUCCAGGGCGUGGAGGAGGCGCAGGCCCGCCUCUCCUUCCUGGCCGACAACAACAAACUGUGGAGCCAGAAGAUGCUGCUGGACAUCGGGAGCAACUCGCUUCGUUUCCGAGACGCCAGCAGUGAGGAUGAACUGGAGCGUUACUCAUUCCGAGACAUCUACCGCUGCGACACCAUUGACACGGUGAAGCACUUCCCCUCGCUGCUGCUGCUGAUCUGCCAGCGCGCCAAUCAGAAGAAGCCAGACAUUCACUUCUUCAACUGCGAACCGAUGCAGGCAGAGCUGAUCUGUGAAGACAUUAAAGGUGCCGUUUCCGAAGUCUCCAGCAGCAGCAAGAUGGCUCCCGACGCCGAAAGGAAUCCUAAGAGCGAAGGGAAGAUGUACGAGCCGUACGACAUCCCGAGCCCUCCGUUCCCGUACGCGCCCAACGCGCCGCCGGUCAACCCGCCGCCCUACCCUGGACUGAAAGCAAACGGACCAAACGGGCCGGACAUCUCCUUCCUGCGUGCAGAGAGAGAAGUGACGAUCCUGAACCACUGCUUCGACGACAUCGAGUCGUUCAUGGGGAAGCUGCAGCAGACGGCCGAAGCAUCAAACAUCCUGACCCUGAGGAAGAAAAAGAAGAAGAAAAGCAAGAAGCAGACUGCUGAAGAUGAUCUGCUGGCAGAAAAAGCCCGGCCGCCGUCAGAGGACGAGUUCAUCGACAUCUUCCAGAAGUUUAAAUACAGUUUCUGCCUGCUGGCUCGGCUGAAAUCCACGAUCGCCAGUCCGUCGUCCGAGGAGCUGGUGCACCACGUCUUCAGACCUCUGGAUAUGAUGGUGAAAACGACGGGCGGUCCGGCGUUCGGAGCGUCGGUGUCCAGCCCGGCCAUGACCAGCUCGGCCGUGUCGCUGCUGCAGGACACGCUGAACGAGGACGAGGCGGCGCUCUGGACGGCUCUGGGUCCCAACUGGACGCUCCAUCGCGCUCAGCUCAGAGGACCUGUGGCUCCGUACAACCCGGUGUUCCUGAGCGGCUGGAAGCCGGAAGCGGUGCGGGCGGACGGGCAGGUUUGGGAGGAUCCGGUCGAGUCACAGCAUAAACAUGAGGCCCACCGAGUAAAACAGGAGCAGCAGGAGUAGCAUCCAGCUCCUCCAGAAAUCAGAAUCUACAGCAAAGAGGACGGACCGCCGGCCGAGGCCGAGCGCCUCUACAUGUGCAGCUACGACUUCAUCGCCAGGAACAACAGCGAGCUGUCAGUGCAGCAAGGGGAGACUCUGGAGGUGCUCGAGUCAUCCAAGCGCUGGUGGAAGUGUCGUAAUCGGUUCGGCCAGUCGGGCUUCGUGCCCUUCACCGUCCUGGAACCGGUGGAUCACAUAGAGAGUCCCACAAGCAGCAGGCCUCCCAGCCUUCCUCCUCCGGCUCCGCUCAUGAAGUCGGCCAGUCCGGUCCCGCCGAGCCCGCCGACCCUGAUGCUGACCCCGUCCCACUCACCGCAGCGGCCCCGCAGCUCGCCCACCUACAGCCCGCUCGGCCCGGUGGCAGACGAAACCGAUAAAGUGAUGCUGGUGAACGACGAGCUGCUCCAGAGGCUGACCAACGGAAAGGCCAGCCUGAACAAACCGCUGGUCAUCCACCGGUCCGCAGAAACCUCCGUCCCGCUGGACUACCACUCUCCCCCGGAGGAGGUGGCCGAGUGGCUGCGGGGGAAGGGCUUCAGCGACCCGACGGUCCAGUGCCUCAGCGUGCUGACGGGAGCGCAGCUUUUCUCGCUGAAUAAGGAGGAACUGCGCGCCGUGCUGCCGGAUGAAGGAGUCCGGGUCUACAGCCAGCUCACUGUGCAGAAAGCACUGCUGGAGGACGCCAAGCGGGCCACGGAGCUGGAGGCCGUCAUGGAGAAGCAGAAGCAGAAAGUGGAUCUGAAGCUGGAGAGCAGCACACUGUGAGCUGCAGUGUGAAGACGCUCGGCUGGUUCUGAUCCGACUCAGGCAGUUAAAGUGACUUUUAUUCUGCUCAUUUAAGGCAUCCACCAGUUUCUAUGGAUGAAGACGUUUUCUCUGCAGUGCAAAAUAAAUAUUUAAGCUCCU